ACGAAUGUCGAAGAUAACUAUGACGUCAUUAUCGUAAGUGUAGAAUGCGAAGUCUUGACAUAUAUCGGAUUUGUCCAUUUGUUUAUUCUUUUUAUGGGAGUUCAAGAGUACUAACAUUGUUUGUCAUAGUCACAACGCUAGUAACAUAGUUUUGUGCAGAACGGGACUUGCGUUCUAUUUUUAAGCAGGCAUUUUGUGAGGAAGUUUUCAAUCUCUGCAUGGGUGUGUGCUUGCGGGAGUUACCUAAAUAGAAUGGAAUAGGCUGGUUAGUAGUCCUUGCUGUUACGCAAAAACAUCACAUUGUUAUGCAAAGCGUGGGUAAACAGAGCUUUUAGUAUCGAAGUUCGCGUUGCUUCAGUUUAAUAGAACGGCUCUUCAUCGAAACGAACUUGUAAAACAGUUCUCUCGUUCUUUAAAUGUGACAUACUAAUCAGGUAUCAAGGAUGGAAGAAGAAAAUAUUAGGGAAUUAAGGAGUAGUAGGUCACGAUCAAAUACUCCAUUAAUACGUGCUAGGGAGAGUACUCAUGGCACAGCAGAGGUCAGACGUGCUACUUCAGCUACACAAAUCAAGGGAAGAUUGAGGGGUGGUAACGGUCAGAAGUCUGGCCUAACCUCAGUCACAGAAUCUCACAUGAAUGUUACUACAGUGAGGCAUGUGCAUAGGAAGACUGGUAAUGACAGUGAUUCUUCUAAUGAACAUGCAGUAGAGAAUGAACAAAAGAUUGACAGACGAUCAGAUCGCCAGAGAGCAAAACGUCGCCUGCUGGUUAAUGGAGCUACACUCAGAAAGGAGGAUGAAGUGCUUGCCAUGGCAGCAGAAGCAGUUAAGGAGGAAGAUCUACAGAAAACGGGCUAUCACAAAAUGAGUGACUUCUCCAGUGAGGGAGGAGAAGGCAUUGCGUACCAGAUCUACAAGAAAGCUGGAGACUGGUGGAAACCUGUCCUGCCAUCCUUUACCUGGAGGUAUAUAACAACCCUGCUGCUGCAUCCUUCCCAUUGGUUGUUCCCUUUCAAGAAAUCUGAGUCUCAACAUAUUGAAGAUGUGUUUGGUAAGUUUCCAAAGACUGACUAUACAUACUCCCCGGUGUCACCACAUCGCAAAGAGCUAGCACCAGGUGUGAUUGCUAUGCCCAACAUGUCUCGUAGAAGCCUCAAGACCAUGCACCAUUACAGCAGCACAGAAAACAAAAUUUCACCAAGCAGUACUGUCACUUCCGUGUCAAAGCAUCGUGUAACAAAAUCACGUUGGUUUGAUCCUUCUCUCUCAGGUUCACAGGCAUCCAGGAAAGUUUUGGAAGAUUGGGCUGCCAUUGAUUCAGAUGUGGAUGAAGUGGCUGAGUCACUUAGUAGCAAGACUUCUUCACAUAUUUCCAAGUCAUGGACUGUCACUUCUGUUAUCACAUCUUUCUUCAUGGUUAUCUGGACUUUCAUCACUGUCUCUUACACUGGCACAGUUGAUGCUGUGUAUAGACUAGUUGGUCAUCCGCGUGACACUGAUAUCUACACCACACCCCGCCGAGUUGUGUUACCUGUAAGGGGUGAGGGAAGUUCCAGUUGGCUACCAAGGACCUUCAGUUGGGCUUAUCAAUUGUUCCUGUCAAUAAUGCACUUGGAUACAUUACUGCUGUCAAGUUGGCGCACAACACGAGUAGAACAGGAGCAUGAGCUGUUUUAUGAACAAGAUGACUCUACAGAAACAGAUGCCGUAUCCAAAUCGUUUUCCUCACAUAAGCGCAAUACAUGGAGACUUUUUCUCCUGCUGCUGCCCCUCAUCUUUCUGGCAGGUUGGUGGGGUAUGUCUGAACCUACAAUAGUUGCCUUCAAUCCUCUUGUGGGAGCAGCAGACACGGCAUGGAAUGCCCUUGUUGGCUUGAUCUUGAUUCCAUUUGAAGCUUAUCGUGCCUUAAAGGAGAAACUGUUUGUGAGCCUGACAUUGCCUGAGCUACCACAUGGCAGUCAGAAUCCUCAGCUGCAGCAGCAGCAAUCAGUUGAUAUGGAAACUUUGGCUCACUACAUAAUGGCCAGCCCUCAGUUCCAGCAACUGCUGAUCACAGAGACGCAGGACAAGGGACAAAUUGAAUCAGAUGUGCACCAGCGGAAGGACUUUUAUCAUAUGAGCUCAGAGCUUUUGGAGGAACAGAAGGCUUCUCUAUCACAGCUCUCACUCCAUCUGCAGCAAAUUCAACAGAAAGUGGAUCAUCUUAGUUCUGAGGUGGAUGGGGGUCAAGCUCAUGUACAGGAAUGGGAGCACAAAUUGGUAAAAGAAACACAAGCUUUAAGACAAGAAGUUGCUGCACAGUCCCUCAUAAGAGAUAGUAACCAAGUUCUGCUGCGCAAAGAGCUACGUGAUGUACAGAACAGAUUAAGACUUUUGCAGGAACAGCAGGCUCAGGUGUCACACAGGUGCUGUCAGCGUAAUACCGGUCCUGUGAAAGUAGAUGGUGAUGUUAUUGAGCAGCAUGUGUUCAGGGUUUUGGCUGGUCUGCUGGGUGCUACAGGAGGACAGUUUUCAGGAAACCCCGAAGACUUGCGUGCGUGGGUGAGCAGCAUGUUCUUGGCUUGGGAUGGUCUGGAAGCCAGACUUGCCAACCUGACGUUCACACUUCAUCUACAAACUAGGGAAGCUGUACAGCGGUCCAAGGAAAUAAUCAUGGCUUCAGUGUCGGAACACGUCCAGAAUGAGUUUGCCAAGUGGCAGGAGCAGCAGCAGCAUCAUGAUGUCACAAGCACGAUUAGCAGCAUGGGAACGUGGGUGACUAACAGCAGUGGUGUGGCGGGAUUGACCGACCUACAGGUGCGGGCCAUUGUGGAUGAGGCAUUGGCAAAGUAUGAUGCAGACAAGACUGGUCUUGUGGACUAUGCCCUUGAGUCUUCUGGUGGAAGUGUCAUAAGCACAAGGUGUACUGAGACUUACCAAGCCAAGACUGCUAAGUUAUCACUGCUGGGUAUCCCAUUGUGGUAUCCUUCAAACAAUCCUCGCACUGUUAUACAGCCUGGUGUACACCCUGGUGAAUGCUGGGCAUUCAGUGGUUCCCAGGGUUUUCUUGUUAUCAAAUUGUCUGGGUUGGUCCAGAUCACUGCCUUCAGUCUGGAGCACAUUCCCCGCACCCUCUCCCCACAUGGCAGGAUCGACUCUGCCCCAAAAGACUUCACUAUCUGGGGUCUGAAGGAUGUGCAGGACAUGGAACCAGUGCUGCUUGGGAAGUACAUGUAUCAGCAGAAUGGCACAAGUCUUCAGAAUUUCAGUGUGCAGCGUUCAGAUGUUGACCCGUUUGAGUUUGUGGAGCUCCGUAUUGAAUCUAAUCAUGGAAAUAUGGAAUAUACCUGCUUAUACAGGUUUCGAGUGCAUGGGGUUCUCUUCUCCAAGUGACUCCCACCAUCGGGACUUAAUCCUCACACUGUGUAGUAAGAUAUUUGACUCCAUAUGUAUGAUGAUCUCUUUCAAUCUCACUCUAACUCAAUGCUCAGAAUAGUUUGAAAUGGCUUUUAAUUAGACAAAUUUCUUGUUCUGUGUAUCCUUUCUAAGGAUUCUGGCUUCUGUAUCAUAUUUUAUUAUGUGUAUAGCAGAUCAUUUACCAUUAUUGUGAGUUAUGCUUCUAACCUAAAAUAGCUUGUAAAUUUAUUUUUCCUUGGGAACUAUGCUUAAUCAGUACAGAUGGUUAUUUUCUUCACAUCAAAAUCAGUUGUGCCCAGUCUGGUCUGCUUUUUCAUUGUGGUUUUGUUUCAGAAAUAGGAUAAUGAACAAAGAUGUUUAAAUAAAAAUAAUUUCAACUUCAUUAAUCUAGUACAGGUGUAGUUGGACAAUAAUAAUGUUCAUUUGUUGUAGGCUGUAAUGUAUAUAUAACAUAAAAAAUUAGCUGUGGCAUAUUAUUUAUGAGCCAUGGAAACGGUGCCAGCAAUAUAAGAGUAGUUUCAAAGAUACAGACUGGAAUGCAGUGCUAUCUGGAUACACAGAUGUUCAAAUCAUCAGUCCUGUAUUUAGUUAUAUUACUAUCAUUUUGUGAUGUUUCUGCCCUUUCGAGUUAUAUAGACUGAGAGAAAGUUGGGCACUUCUGAUGCAGUAUGAUUUAUUUGUACAUCCUGAGUUCAGAAUUUCUAGACUUGUCAUGUGACAAAUCAGUCAUUUCUUCAAAACUUCAUAAAAAUAUAUUUCAAUAAAUUUAUUCACGUAUGUUGAAAAGUGAAUCUGUGAUUGCCUGUGUCUUGGUUUUGUGUAAUUUCUGAGCAUUGUAGGUUGUUGAAAUUUUAAGUUAAAAGGACAGACUGAUUUAGUGUUCGGAACGAAGUGAGGAGUUCUUUCUUGCCUGCCACUGGAUUUCUCAACCAGUCAUUCUGCCAUAGUACAAAGACAACUGUGUUCGUUCUUUGAAAGUUAUUUAUUUUUUUUAACAAUAAAUGUGACAAUUGUUGCACAAAUGAACAAAGACAUGAGUGUGUUUGUGAUGUGAUACUAGAGUAUAAGUGAAAUGUAGUGUACAGUUUUAAGUAUUUAGCCAUUGAACGGAGGACAGCUGUUUCACAUGAAGCUAGUCAGAGGGGGCUGUGUCCUGCUGUUUGGCCAUGACAACUGGCUAGCUGGCAGCUUCAUUUCUCUCUUCUUUCAUUUAGUCUGAUUUCCUCAGUAUUUGUAUCACUCUUAUCUUCAGUCAUGAAUCCUUUUAUGAGUAUGUGGUUAUGUAACUAGAGUGAGAGUUUAUGAAUGAUAGCAUCCCAGUAACUCUUAUUAAUAGAAACUUGUUACCGAAAGAAUAAUGCAAAAUGAAGUAGAAAUGCACUAACCUUGCUCAUGAAAGUGUUUAUAAGAACUAGAUUUUUUUAACUUCACAUUAUUUAUCUUCAUAUUUAAUUAUUAUUUCAUUAUUUUACUGUUACUUCUUUCUUUUAAUCUUUGUGUAACCUAUAGUUAUUGAAAAGUUUGCUGUUGUUGGUGAAUCCACCUGUUGACAUCUUUGUUUUAAAGAACUUUAGUUCAUCUAACAAUAGUAGCUAGCCAAAAAUAAAUGUUUAUAUUUUCAUUUCAAAUAAAUAUAUAAAUAUAAAUACUUAGGCAUUGUUGCUAGUUAUUAACAGUCAGUCAUAUUAUGUGAUUGUUUCCUUUAUUCUUGUUACCAAAUAUUGUAUGCUUCAGCUUUAUUGCACAUCUAACAUCAGAGAGAGAGUACAAAGUAAUAUUUGAAAAAAAAAUUUACCUGUCAAUAAUUAUGUAAUUUGAUAGUUUAUAUUCCUAGUAGAUGAAUGAGAAAUAUUUUAAUGUUGAAAAAUUCUUAAGAAAUUGUGUAUGUUUUAUUGUCUUGACAAUUCAUGAUUUUCCUAGUCCAGCCAGCCGGUUGAUUUUUGUUAUUUUUGACACUGGGUAAUUUUGUGCAAGUUAGUAAAAGUCACACAUUGUGUUUGUGAUUUAUAGACAUGGCCUGUGACAUAGUUAAUAUUUAUAAGCCCACUUGAAUAAUCUAGAGAUUAAAUAUUUGUAAUUAUUCAUUCAUGUAUACAUGUAUUCCAUAUAUCUACAUAAGGCUGUGGCAGACUUUGAAAAGGGUCUAUUGUUCAUGUUCGUAGUUACCUCAUAUAUUUUCUGAGCAAUGGACAAGAAGUUUGUCACAGAAAUUAAAAUUUUUGUGUUAUUUUGGUUCCUGAUUGCCACUAGAUUAGCUAUGUCACUGUCCAACAUAGUUUGCAAACCUGUUGUGGUGCUAGACUUAGAAUUAGUUAUAUAUUUUGAUUAAAAUGUUAAAGGAAGCAGAGAGUUGGACAAAAAAUUAAAAUAUUGUACUUUUAAUACUUAAAGGUUUGUGGUUUCAUAUCUAACUUACAUAAUUUAAUAAGAAAAGUAUAUGUAUUUUAGCGUGAAAACUGUGAAUUCAACUGAAGUCCCAUUAGUUGUGCUCAAUAACUGUUAUACAUUGGUAUUCUUGACAUUAAUAUUGUCUUGUUUUAAUUACAAGAUUCAAGUCCUGGUGAAAAUAAGCUCCAAAGUUGUUAUGAAGUUCAAAUAUCCAUGAUUUAUGCAAGUGUGUGUGCAAAUUUUAGUCCAUUCUUUCACACAGUAUCACAGUGUAUGUUGAACAUAUUUAUUUUUAGCAUGAUCAGCAUAUUCUAAUAAAAUCUGCUAUAAUGUUUUUCCAAUAAUUUUCAGUAGUUAAUUAUGACCAUUUAUUCUAAUUAAUUUUAACAGUUGAUACUGCACUGUUAGGCUUUACCUUAAGGUCUGUGUGUGUGUACAUGCACAGACUGAAGAAUACCUUGAGGAAUUACUAAGAGUGCUGUCCUAUAUUUCAUCUUUUAACCUUUGUCUGUUUAUAACAUUUGAUAUAAAAAAAAUCCAUAUUUACAAAUCAUGAAUUUGAUUUGUAUUGGUAAACUACGAUUAGCACACCACAUGGUCAUUAAGCAUGGAUCUUCCAUCCCUUACUGUAGCUAUGAAUACCACCUAGGCAUGAAUGUUGUGUGUAUUGUUCACCACUACUAAUUUUCCUGCACACUGCUGCCAUUCCUCCCCCUCCCCAGCAGUUCCAGCAGCAUCCCAUUCAAAUCAAAGAAAACUGUGACCAAGUAUUGCUAGGAGGUUAUUCAUAGGGUUUGGGGCAGGUGGUUGUUGCAGCAAGGCCCUUGAGGGGAGGAACAAGUGUGUAUGUAUAGAAAGUAACUGUACAGUACAUAAAUUUUAAGUUGUGUACAUUUUAUCAUAUAUUGAAUUAUUUUUGAUAAAUUUUAUUGAACAUCUUUUUAAGCAUUAGCAAUUUGUUGACACUAAGUAUGCAUCUUUCCAUUGAUGUUUACAUUUAUUUUACUAGUCAGAAUUUUGAAAACUAAAAAUUUCAAGGGGCAACAGUUUUCAGGGUAUUUUGCAUACAUUUUGAGAAUUCUUUUCAGCCUUCAGUUCAAGAAUGGUAUAAACUUCAGUAUUAUAUUCAUAGGAGAGUGUGUUUAUUAGAAUGAACUCAAAGACGAACAGAUGAAAGCAGAACGUCAUCCUUGUUUCCUUAUAUGGCAAGCAUCUUGUUCUAGUAGCAUGAUCUAAUCAAGUCUAAAUUUCAGUGUUGGUAGUUUAAAUGAUCACUGGAAUAUUGGUAGCUUCAAAUAUUCUAGAUGCUGCUAAUUCUGAAUACCCAUUUAUAGUUUUUUAUGUAGCUUGUUAUAUUCUCUACAGUUUGAUGUGAAAAUAGUGUACACAAAGUGGGGUAUGAAGUUGUAUAAGUUCUUCAUUUUUCAACAACCAUCUUUAUAGUAAGAAAACAACAUAGAUUUCUUGAUGAGACUCUUUAAAAUACAGUUCAAGUUUUUAAACUGUAUUCUAGAAUUUAUAAAAUUCAUUAAUCAAAAGUCUAUUGAGCAUGUGUGUUACUAUGGGACUUGUACAAGUAUGUUUGGAUCACAUGUGUAGUCCAGCUGUUGGUUUGUAUUUAAUCCAUUCACAAAAUCAAAAGAUAAUUUAACAUCUAAUAUUAAAUAUCUUCAAAGAAGAAUGUAUAUUUUGCACCCAUUAAAAUAAUUUCAUAAUUUGA